UUGAAUCUGCAGUCUGCUUUGUCAGUGAAGAAGAAUGCUGUGAACAAGGAAGUCAGUAUAUUUAGUAGGAAGUGUAAGCUGCCUUUUGUUUUUCUUUUCUUUAUUUUAGAGUAAAAGUGGCGAUAUUUAAUUGUCACAACGGUUAGCCUUAUUCCGUUUAGCUACUGGGUUAUUGUGUUAGUUUUUGUGAAGUUAGUAUUUUGUUAGAGUUGGGUCAGUUGGCGUUAGCGUCAGAGGCUAACAGCAGAGCUACAGGCCUGAAGGAGCGACGCUCGCCUCGUUUACCGGUUGAACAUUAAGACGCCCCGUUCCGCUGUGAGGAGGACUGCUGUUCAUGAGCCUGACGCCCGUUUGACCUCAGCAAGGAAGGCUUUUAUUGGAAGGACGUUUGAUGAGCAUGUACGCUCCGCCUGGUUGUGGUGUUCCCGGGGGCCGGAGGAGGAGAGCGGCCACCUCUCUGCCCAAGCAGCCGGAGCGGAGCCUGGUGUCGGCGCUGCCCGGAGCGCUGUCCAUCACCGCCCUCUGCACGGCUCUGGCCGAACCCGCCUGGCUCCGCGUCCACGGAGGCACCUGUCCAAGGCAAGAGCUCGGAGUGGCGGAUGUCUUGGGGUCCAUUGACCCCAAGCUACUGGACGAUUAUUGUGUGAACCCACAGACCAUCUUACUGCUCAGGGUGAUUGCUGCCUUCUGUUUUUUGGGGAUCCUCUGCAGCCUGACUGCCUUCCUACUGGACGUGUUUGGACCCAAACACCCUGCUCUAAAGAUCACACGCAGAUAUGCAUUUGCACACAUUCUCACAGUGCUGCAGUGCGCCACAGUGAUCGGCUUCUGCUACUGGGCCUCGGAGCUCAUCCUGUCCCUACAGCAGCAACACAAAAAGUACCAUGGCUCCCUCAUCUACGUCACCUUUGCUAUUAGCUUCUACCUGGUGGCAGGAGCAGGCGGAGCUUCUAUCCUCGCCACGGCCGCAAACCUCCUGCGCCACUACCCCACCGAGGAGGAGGAGCAAGCUUUGGAGCUGCUGUCGGAGAUGGAGGACAGCAGUGAAACUUUUCCCGCUGAUUAUGACAUUGCCAACCAGUUUCAGCCACCACCUGCCUACACGCCCUAAUGUCAGACUUGCUAACACACAUUUCUGUCUGAGCACGGCUUCAUAAGCAAACCCACCUCGUCAUCAAGUGGGUGUCUUUGCAAAUCCUCUCCUUACUGAACGCAAUAAUUGCGCAAAAUCCUCGGCUGUCAGCGCAUGAAAGCUUGCUGGAGUGAUGGCAGAAACACUGGGAGGUGAAUCUUACAUUUUUUUAUUUUAGCAGUCUGCAUGUAAAUGGCUUUUAGGAUUUGAUCUUUACCUGAAAAUCAAACUAAAACUGUUGGAGCGUUCAACAUAUCUCACCACAAACAGGCGCUGAAAGUGUUAUAAAAAGUUUCCCCUGUCCACUGGCUGCAUGUGGAGGAAACUUUGGUGUUAUUUUGAACUAAUUUUUUUGGUUUGCUUGUUGUGACUGUUUUCAUUUUACUGAAAUGCAAAAAAGCAAAACAACAAAAACAAAAAACUCAGACACUGAGAUUGUUUUAGUAUCGAAUAGACCUUUAUUUAUUAACUAUUAACAUCUAGUGAUGUCCUAUUUUCUUCUUUUUAGUGUGUCUUAUUGACCUUCUUCUGCUGUGUAGACACUGAUUAAGUCUUAUUUAGUCCAGUCUUCAUUAGGGGCUGUAGCCGAUUAUUUUCAAUAUUUUUUAAAGGAUCACUCAGUUUAUAUAUGUACAGUGUAAGAAAAUAGGUUUUAAAAUUUACAUCAGAGGCAUUUCUACCCCCCCCCCCCCCCACACACACACACAAACCCCAGUUUUGCAUUAUUUGUGCCAUUAGAUUAACAUAUGAUCUCAAUUAAAUUGUGUAAAAGCACUGUGCCAGUUAUAGAACUGAAGAUACUUUAAACGAGAUUCCCAUAAGACAAUUUAAGAUUUAUUUAUAUAUACGUGUGUGUGUGUGUGUGUGUGUGUGUAUGUAUAUAUGUAUAUAUAUAUAUAUAUAUAUAUAUAUAUAUAUAUAUAUAUAAUCAGCAUUUUAGAGACUGCUGUUAAAGCAGGUUUAAGUAUUUCAGUGUCGAUUUGAAACAUUUUCGUGUGAACCAUAUUAAGUUUAAAUCAGAUUUAAAAACGUUAUGUCUGUCUAUGUUGAGUUUAAAACCAGAAUUGAACCAGAUUUAACAGAAUUGGAGAAAUUUUGCAUGUUUUUUUUUUUUUUUUGUAAGCUUAAAAUGUUUUAUGAAAUAAAACAGAAAAGGAGGCAGUUGCCAUAUUUCAUAGGUUGUCACGAGUGUAAAUGCUGACAAAUAACUGAGAAUUAGUGACCUUUUUUGUAAUCGGUUCAGCUUGAGGAAAAAUUAUUUGUGUGUGUGUGUGUGGGGGGGGGGGGGUUAUGGUUUAAAAGAAUCACAGUAUGUGGACUGUUGUGUCACAAAUUUGAAUGGGUUAUUUUUUUGUUUUAUUUAACAAUGAGACGUGUUUCUUUAGGACACUUGUAUGCUACUCAUCAUGUUUGGAUUUUAAAGCUGUUUAUUCUUUUUAAAAGUGUUUGUUCUUUUGACUGUUUUCUUCUGUUAAACCUCUUACAGCAGACUCUCCGAGCAUGUGGCCAAGGUUCAACAUAAUGAUCAGCGUUGGCUUUUACUUUUUAAAAUCCUAUUUCAGCAUUUUGUUCCUCAGAUUGUCACAAUGUAAAUAUUGUUUCUACACGAGUGGUCAGAAUAAAAUCAGUUCC